UUCCGAUCGCGUCGCUCUACUCGCUCGGGUAGCGGUUGUUAUUGUUACGUGAGGAAAGUCGCAAAUAAAAAGCCGCCACCAUGGACGCGAUUAAGAAGAAGAUGCAAGCGAUGAAGCUUGAGAAGGACAACGCGCAGGACAAAGCCGACACCUGCGAGGGACAGGCCAAAGAGGCAAACCUCCGCGCGGACAAAGUCCUCGAGGAAGUCAACGACCUGCAAAAGAAGCUGCAGCAGGUCGAGGCCGACCUUGUAGCCAACAAGCAGAACUUGGAGCAGGCUAACAAGGAUCUUGAGGAGCGUGAAAAGUCCCUUACCAACGCUGAGUCCGAGGUGGCUGCUUUGAACAGGAAAGUCCAGCUGAUUGAAGAGGACUUGGAACGCUCUGAGGAGCGUCUGGGUACCGCGACGACGAAACUGACCGAAGCUUCCCAGGCGGCUGAUGAGUCGAGCCGUAUGUGCAAAGUAUUGGAGAACCGCAGUCAGCAGGAUGAGGAGAGGAUGGACCAGCUCACGAACCAGCUGAAGGAGGCUCGUCUCCUUGCUGAGGACGCUGACGGAAAGUCCGACGAGGUAUCCCGCAAGCUGGCCUUCGUUGAAGACGAGCUUGAGGUAGCCGAGGACCGUGUCAAGUCCGGAGAAGCCAAGAUCAUGGAGCUUGAGGAGGAACUCAAGGUUGUCGGCAACAGCUUGAAAUCCUUGGAAGUGUCCGAAGAAAAGGCCAACCAACGAGUCGAGGAAUUCAAGCGCCAGCUCAAGACCUUGACUGUCAAGCUAAAGGAGGCCGAAGCUCGUGCAGAAUUCGCCGAGAAGACCGUCAAGAAGCUCCAGAAGGAGGUUGACAGGCUUGAAGACGAUUUGUUCCACGAGAAGGAGAAACACAAAGCAAUUUGCGACGACUUGGACUCGACGUUUGCUGAACUUAGUGCCUACUAAAUAACACGUACACAAUGCAGUAGACCGAUUCCUGAAAUCGCUUCCCAGACACCAAACACGUUUACUUGUCUUCCGCUGUAUACAACUUGAAACGCGUUUUUGCAGUUUAUUUUUAGUGUUCGGGUAGAAAAAGCAAAAUGAAAAAAAAAAAAUAAUUGUAGUACGUCAUUUUACCUCUUAAUUAUAUAUUUUUUUAAAUUUCAUUAAUGGUUAAGACUAAUUCACUAUGAACGAUUUCCAGUUCUGAUCACGUUGACCUUACACGCUGAUAUCGCUGUUACUGCGACGAUUUUUUCCUGACUGACAAUUAGACGAUUGAUAAUAAUUCAUGAAAUAUAGUUAGUUGAGAUUAGUUUAAUUUCGUGACUCGAUCUGUUACCAAGUGCCGUAUUAAAUCGAUCGGUAAAACACUCGGUCUUUACACAAUACGUCACCAUGACAGGAGACGACUCCAACCGU